AUGUUGCAAAAUUUAAAUGUUCCACCUUUGUUUUCUAUUAAUAGAGAAGAGAUACUUAAACCUGUUCAAUAAGCAUAGGUAGAGCAGGUACCAACCAAAUAAACUGUUGAAAUAAAAGAAAUUGAUUUAAAUACACCAAAUAAAACUUUAUAUAUCAAUAGAUUAAAUGAGAAAGUGACAGCAGAAGAAAUGAGAUAAACAUUAUAUGCAUUAUUUUCAUAAAGUGGAAAAGUGCUUGAUAUAAUUGUCAAGAAAAAUAUUUUAAUGAGAGGAUAGGCUUUUAUUUUAAUGGAAGAUGAAGAAUCAGCAAUAAAAGCUUAAAAAGCAUUUCAUAAUACUUAAUUGUAUGAUAAAGUUAUGGUAAGACUAAGUUUGAUGAUUAGAAAGUGAAUUUUGCUAAAGAAAAAUCAUACUAUAUUUCAAAAGGAGAUUAUGAAGAAAAAGAGAAGUUGCCUAUGAGUGAUAAAAUAAAAGAACAUAAAAAGAGAAUUCAAGAUAAAAGAUAAAGAGAAAUGUUCAAUUAAAAAUAAUAAAGAGAAGCACCAACUAUAUCUAUGCCUUUAACAGUGAAUUAAGUUUACACUGGAGCUAGCAAUAAAUUAAAAGUAUUAUUAUAUAUUUAAUUCUUCGAUUCCAAAUUAACCAAAUAAAGUCUUAUUUGUUGAAGGAUUGCAUUUAGUUGACUUUGUUAACUUAGAACAGCAUUUUAGAAAUUUUUAUGGGUUUAGAGAGUUUAGAGGAAUCAAACCAAAAGGUGUGGCCUUUGUAGAAUUUGAAGACGAAUUAUAGGCAACUCAUUGUUUGAAUGAAUUAAAUGCGACCUAAUUUGAAGAAGUCACAUUAUAAAUAAGUUAUCAGAAGAAAUGAG